GAGUGGUCGUAGGCACGUAGCCGCGUAGCCGCGUAGACGCGUAGUCACGUAGCACGCCCAAAAUUUUAGCGGUUUUACAACGCUACGCUUUCAUUGAGUGUAUUUGACAUAGAGUAAUUUUUAACAGUGUUAUUGUCCUUUUUUUCUAUUGUAAGAAUAUUCAGUCAUCAGUUCUGAUAAAAAUAACUAAACGUUUUUCAAAAGUUGGAACUAAAGCCUCAAGCUGUUUUUCCAAAAUACAAUGACGAAUGAUAAGAGGACAAACUCGGAGCCUCGAGAGUCCACUGCAAGAGGUUGGACCCGACGACCUGAUGACUUGAAGUUUGAAUUUGGAUUUGGAGUACCUCUAGGCGCAAUGUCGGCCCAUCCCGCUUUCCAUUCAGCUUGGGACCUUGGAUGUCCCGCCUCAGGGUUCCAUCAAAUGGCCAGGAUGAUGGACCGUAUGAUGGUGGAAAGCUUUCAGCCAUUUGGGUUUGCGCGAAUGACAGCAAGUCAGAGCGGAGACAACAAAGGUGAUUCGGAAAAACCCAGAGAUGGACUCAGAACAGAACGGAGUGAGACGAGGAGAGAACGAGCUAAGAAUCAAACAACCACACACAUCGCUUCGGGGACACGACAUCUGCCCACACAAGUUGUCAAACCGUCAAACGUGGUAAAUAUAAGCGAAAAACCUCCUGACCAACAAAAAAAUCCAGAUCCAACUACAGAAAAGUGGGCAGGGACGUUGCGACGUCGAGACCCCGUGCUACCUUCAAUAGGCAGAAAGGGUUCCUCCUUAGGUAGUGGAAGAAUAAUUAGCAGAUCUGUUGACAGAAUACCCAAGACAGUAAGAUCUCGACCACUUAUUCCUAUAAAACCAAGGCUUAGAAAAACAGAUGUUCCAAAUGAAGGGGCUGAUGUUACCAUUUUUGAGAAGGAUGAGAAAGUCUUCGAUGCGACAGGAUACGAACUCCAUCUAGUAGAGACUUUGGAAAGAGAUAUUUUACAAAGGAACCCUGCUGUUCGUUGGAAGGAUGUCAUUGGACUGGAUGACGCAAAGUCUGUAUUGCAAGAGGCGGUGGUCUUACCUCUGGUUAUGCCUGAUUAUUUUAAGGGCAUCCGCCGACCUUGGAAGGGUGUUCUUCUGACAGGUCCACCGGGAACUGGUAAGACCUUGCUGGCCAGAGCUGUAGCCACCGAGUGCCGAACUACUUUCUUCAACGUAUCGUCUGCCACCCUGACUUCAAAGUACAGAGGAGACUCCGAGAAACUCGUUCGUCUUUUAUUUGAUAUGGCAGCAUUCUACGCCCCAAGCACAAUAUUCCUAGAUGAAGUGGAUUCUCUUUGUGCUGUCCGUGGCGCUGACUCCGAACACGAAGCUUCAAGGAGGUUCAAGGCUGAACUGCUCAUACAAAUGGACGGACUAGCUGCUGCUUUCCAUCGAGAUAAAAUCAUAAUGGUGUUAGCAGCGACUAAUCACCCGUGGGACAUCGAUGAAGCUUUCAGAAGACGAUUCGAGAAGAGAAUCUAUGUCGGUCUACCUGAUGAGGCAACGAGAAUCCGGCUGCUGAAACUUUGUCUACGAGAUGUUGCGCUAAAUGAGAGUGUGAAGCUAAAAGAAAUAGCCAGCCAGCUUGAAGGAUACAGCGGCUCCGAUAUUAGUAAUCUGUGUAGGGAUGCAGCAAUGAUGACGAUGCGGCGUAAAAUAGCUGGCAAGACUCCUGACGAAAUACGACAGCUCAAGAGAUCUGAACUUGACGCUCCUGUAUCAAGUGAAGAUUUGUCUGUUGCUAUUGAAAAAACCAGGCGAACAGUGUCAGAUUCAGAUGUAAGCCGGUACAACACGUGGAUGGCCAAGCACGGGUGUUCCUAGCGUCGCGCCUGGGCUCUUAGGGCCCUCUUACAGAAGCUGCGUAACGACUAAACGUAACCAUCGAACUAGUGGCUUAUGCUGUCUCUGCUAGGCUGACGUAUUAAAAAGAAUUGUCUUUUUAAUUCGCAGACAUAUACUUACCUUUUAUGUACCGAGGCUGCUCGCUGAGCAUAUCGUUUUAGUAUCUCGGCAUUUUUAAUCUGAUUUCUCGUUCACAUUGUCAGCUGUAGAUUUUUUAUUUAUACUUCUAUUAAUGUUUACCUAACUCGUAUACCUAAGGUUUUUAGAGUUUUAUUUUUGAUUAUUCAUACACUUCAAUAUUUUUUAUAUGAACGAAAAAAUAUAGUAACGUGUAGAGCACAUUCUCGAGAAAUCUGGUAACCUCUCAACUAAGCGAAAUUAUUUAGUGUUAAGAGCGAGUAUAUCGACAGUUUACAUGAUUUUGAAAUUAAAGAGUGUAUUUUUAAAGUUUAAUUUGCUCUAACGGGUACAAUGGUAGUCUGCGUAUACAAAAAAAGCGUAAAAAGUCUUGAAAUAGACGUCAGCCUAGCUUAGACGCAUCAUCGUUCUGUAGAUGCAGUAUUUGGACUGAAUCCAGUGACUAUGAAAUUAUUAAGUGUAAAUUGUAUACUUACCUACUGUUUGAAGAGUGAUCAAAACUCACAUCGAAACUGCCAAGCUUUUGUGGUUUGUCAGAGUGGCCAUCGCAUAUUACCUUCAUUUUUAUAGGUAGUAAAAGGGGUGGAUUUCUACUCGGAGUAUGUAAUAAAUGGAGAACAACAUGCCAAUGAUUUUCACAAUAUCUCACCUAAAAUCUAAUUGUUGAGGUAUGCAAGUGGAAAUAUUUCUUGAUACCCUGAUUGUCUGUUAUACUUCUCUACUAUUUGUAGAGAAUAUACAAAGUUAUGCCUUUUUUUCAUAAUCAUCAAUAAACAUCCGUUUGUUAUAUACUCCGAUUACGCUGUUAAUGCGUCGAGACAAUGCUUGAAUGGGUCAAUGUACUACAUCCUUUGACCAACUUUUAUUACUCGAUGACUCAAGAGAAUAGUGCUGGGUAGUUACAUUGACCCAACAAAGUAGUUUCCAUAACUAAUAAUACAAAGAAUUUUGAUACCAAUGUCUACUUAAGAUGCACUGAACGAAUAUAAUAAUACAUUAAAAUGAUUGCAGAAAUUAUAUUAUUGAUUGAUUGAUUGAUGAUAGCAGAUUUAAGAUUUAGUUUCUUUAUUUUGUUUUGAUUUGACAAUUAUGAUGGUGUGUAAACUCUGUAGUUUGUUUUUCAAUACUAUUUACACAAAUAAACUCUGAAUUAGACAUUUAGUUUUAAUUUAUUAAUAAAAUUUUAUCAUAGUGCUGUUUAUAUUAUCGAUAUUGUUUUCAGUAUCGAUACUAAUAUUAUUUCGCUUACUAGUCUUUGACAACUGUAAGCUAAGCAUUAUAUUUUUCAGUUAUUAUAAUCUUAUAUUAUUUUCUGGCUUUUAGUGGCUAAAUAUUCCAAAGAAUUGAUAUUAUGUGGGUAUUUUUGAAAUAAAAGAUAAAUAAUGGUCAAAAUCUGUUUAUUGAGGAAUGGCAUAAAAUAGUGUAGUUGAUAAUUUGUCUGUCUGUCUGCGUUAAUAUUUCAGUGUAAAAUGUAGCUGUACCGUGCCGUUGGAUAACGUGUAGAUAUGAAUUUUAAUAAAGCUCUUAUACGAAAUUUGA